CAUCUCGCUCCGAGAAACAUCCAGAAAUUUCUUACAAUUUCACCAUGUAUGUAAAUUCGCGCAAUUCUUGCGAGGUUAGCGGGACGUACAGUAUUGUGAAACCGUGUGAGACGAAGGUUGGAAAGUUUAGCGUGUAACCCCCGAGACUUCCUUCGAGAGGUUCGUCCGCAUCGUCAGAGUGAAAUUAAUUUGUAGAUUCCGAUCGACGUGAUUAAAUCGUGCUCGAAGCAUCAGUAUAUACAGAGGCGAAGAUGUUGCUCAGUGUAAUGAGAAGUUCGGCGCGUGUCGCUAAAUUGGUUCCAAGUUGCAGAGCCAUGUCGUUUUGGCGAAAGGAUCCGUUCACCGACAUGCGAUCUAUGAUCCAACAACUUGAAGAGCAGGCGCAUCACUUUGAAAGCAUGAUGAAGCACUCGAAAUUGCCUUCCGUGAAUUCCAUGAUACCUUCCAGCAUAUCCAACGUAUUUAGUGGCGAUUGGACGAAUUCUAAUUCCGACAGCCUCCGGAAAAAGAUGGGCGUGUCACGCCGUGGCGACGACGAUGGAGAAUUCUGCAUCGAAGUGGACAUAACGGAUAUCCCACCAGAAAAUGUUAAGGUGUCGCUCAAGAGCCGUGUGUUGACCAUCGACGCCAAAGUUGAGGAAGAGCGCAAUGGAAUGAAAUGGCGUCGCGAGGUGUACCAAGAACUUACCGUACCGGACGACGUGGACGUUGAGAAACUCAGCUCCUGUUUGGAGAAUGACGGGCAAACGCUGAGGAUUGAAGCCCCCAGGGCGAGAAGCGAACCCAAAAGGAUUGAGAUUUCCAGGGAUGGAUCAGUGGAUGAUUCGUCUAAGCAGGCUUCUUAAGACCGAGGAAGUGCUUUGUGUGAAAUUAUUUGUACUUCCGAUUAUAAUUUUCUGAAUAAGAAGGGUCAUUAACUGAGGGUGGAAAACUAUUCAUUCAAGAAUUUUGCAUCUUCUUAAUGAGUGCAUCAAUUGUGUGUCUUGGAGCCAACAAAUUCUCAAAAUAUGUUGGUAUUUUGGAAUUCCACAACCUCAUCUGUAGUUGUACAGAGAUAUGCAUCACUUGUGAAUUCCAUUUAGAAGCAAGUUUCUUGUAUAUUGGUCAGUUUCUCAGUUGUGUGGGAAAUAAAAGUGCUUUCAUUGCAAAGA